CAAACUGUACAGAAAGCAAAAUGUGUGGACAUUGCCUUAAGUUCUUGUACUGAUGUUGCCUAUACUCAAAUGAUGUAUCCCAAUUUUCUGGAUCAGAAGUCUAGAGAGGUGAUUGAGUACAGCUCUGAGUACAUCCUCAUCAGCGUGCUGCACAACUUGCUCCAGGGAGAAUGCAACCCGGACCUGAGGCUCCUGGGCUGCUCAGUGCUGGCCCCACAGUGCGAAAAGGACAAAGUUAUAAAGCCCUGCAGGCGUGUCUGUGAAAACCUGAAAAAAAGUUGUCUCCCUGCCUUUGAUGCAAUAGACAUGGCUUGGCCCUACUUCUUAGACUGCGACCGCUUUUUUGCUGGGGAAGAAGAGGGAUGCUUUGAUCCUCUGGCAAAGCUGCGAGGAGAAGUAGACAUUGAGGAAGAUUUGCCUUCCGACUUGCCAGCAACUUUUAUUCAGUUCAAACACCAUUCAUAUUCCCAAAUGGUGAGCAUGUUGAAGAAGACUGCUUCUAAGUGCUCCCACAUUGCAACAACUUACAGCAUAGGUCGCAGUUUUGAAGGGAAGGAUCUUUUUGUGAUUGAGUUUUCAACCAAGCCUGGACACCAUGAGCUGCUCAAGCCAGAAUUUAAGUACAUUGGCAAUAUGCAUGGAAAUGAAGUUGUGGGGAAAGAACUGCUAAUAUACCUUGCACAGUACCUGUGUUCGGAGUAUCUUCUCGGGAACCCUCGCAUCCAGACCUUGAUUAAUAAUACCAGAAUUCACCUUCUACCUUCACUCAACCCUGAUGGCUAUGAACUGGCUGCAGAAGAGGGAGCUGGUUACAAUGGAUGGGUCAUUGGACGACAGACAGCUCAGAACUUGGACUUGAACAGAAAUUUCCCUGAUUUGACGUCUGAGGCUUACAGAAGAGCUGGAAUUCGUGGGGCCCGCCUUGACCACAUCCCCAUUCCACAAUCCUACUGGUGGGGUAAGGUGGCCCCUGAGACAAAAGCAGUCAUGAAGUGGUUGAGGUCUAUCCCGUUUGUGCUCUCUGCCAGCCUGCAUGGGGGUGAACUUGUUGUGACCUAUCCUUACGACUAUUCAAGGCAUCCUAUGGAAGAAAAAAUGUUCUCCCCUACACCUGAUGAGAAGAUGUUUAAAAUGCUGGCUAAAGCCUAUGCAGAUGCACAUCCAGUCAUCUCGGACCGAUCCGAACUUCGUUGCGGUGGAAAUUUUGUAAAACGCGGAGGUAUUAUAAAUGGUGCUGAGUGGUACAGCUUCACUGGAGGUAUGGCAGACUUUAAUUACCUUCACACAAAUUGCUUCGAAGUUACUGUGGAGGUAGGAUGCGAAAAGUUUCCUUUGGAGGAAGAACUGUUUACAAUCUGGCAUGAAAACAGAGAUGCCCUUCUGAAUUACAUGGAAAUGGUUCAUCGGGGGAUAAAAGGAAUUGUGUCUGAUAAGUUUGGCAACCCAAUAAAAAAUGCUCGUAUCUCAGUCAGAGGCAUCCAGCAUGAUGUCACUACAGCUGCUGAUGGAGACUACUGGCGACUCCUGCCUCCGGGGACGUACAUAAUCAGUGCCCAGGCGGCGGGAUACAGCCGGGUGAUGAAGAGGGUCACCCUUCCUGCCAAGAUGAAACAGGCCGGGCGUGUCGACUUUGUGUUGCGACCUGUUGAGGCUUGGCCCAGCAAGCUCCGGCGGUCCAUGGAAGACGCAUACGACCCAUACGACCCGCUGGAACUUUUUGACCCUCAUGCCCAACAUGGGCAGACCGAGGCUCGAGGAGGGUCACCGCCAGGCAGAGAGAAGCCCUGGUGGUGGUCUUACUUCAGCUCUCUAGACCUGCACAAACCUCUGUGGCUGCUCAAGCAACACUGA